UGUCUGCGCAACAUCCCACCGAUAGAGAGACACCUGAGCCAGCGGCAGCCAGUAAACUGCCGCAAGAUGGCGACAUAACUUCUGCGCUUCGCUUCUGUUUCCCACGAAGAAGACACAGAGGCGUAAACUUCCGGUUUUCAAAACCAUAACACCGCCGCUGCUCUCAACGUCCGAAGAAGAGCUUUAAAAAAAGACUGAUAGUGCUUUGCCAUUGUCAGGAUGGGUUCUCCAACCAAACAGACCACACCACAAAGAGCAAACAUUCGUACCCCGGGGAAGGAGCAGGACUCCCCACUUCCCCCAAUCCACGAGCGUCUAGCGUACCUGCGUCCCUCCAGGGAGCUGCUGGAGUUCUACAGACAGAAGAUCGCACAGUUUGAUAGCGAACAUGAGGAGCUGCUGCAGAUGCUGGAGAAGUGUAAAGGCAUCACAGAAGACCAGCACAAGCUACAGUGGGAAGUACGGCAGCGUGAGGGAGAGAUCACAGAGCUGCAAAAUGCUCUGAGUGACAUGCAGGUGUAUCUUUUCCAAGAGAGAGAGCAGUCUCUGCGGCUCUAUGCAGAAAAUGACAGACUGAAGAUCAGAGAGCUGGAGGACAGGAAAAAAAUCCAGCACCUUCUUGCCCUUGUGGGUCCUGAUGCAGGAGAGAUCACAUAUUUUCACCGAGAACCUCCUCACAAGGUCACUAUUACACAGAGGAAACCAGAGUCCAGAUUGGAGGAAAAUCUCAAUCUCAGGCCAACACAGUCAAGACCUGCUGCAGCUAGGAAAGCAGAUAGUACCAGGAGAACAAAAUCAGCAGAGGGGAUAAAGGGAGAGAGCUUGGAACAAUACAAGAAUGACAACCAGACGUUGCUGCUACAGGUGGAGGCGCUGCAGGCCCAGAUGGAAGAACAGACUCGUCUAGCGAAAGAGCAAGUUGAGACUCUGCUGGAGGAUCGAAGGAUUAAAACGGAGGAGGCUCAGGCACGACGACGGAAGGACCAGGAACGCAUCACUUCUCUGACUGACAAACUCCAGCGGACUCAGAACCUGUUGCACGAGAGCACCAGAGAUUACUUGCAGCUGAAGUUUGAGACACGGGCUCAUGAGAAGAGCUGGAUGGUGGAGAAGGAUCGGCUGCUGAGGGAAUUGGACUCUGCACAGAACCGUCUGAGAAAAGCCGGGUCUGCCGGCCCCGAGUCGGGGCGAACGUGGCAUCCGAGCAGCAGCACAGCCAUGCUGCUCUCUCGACCACAGCCAGAGUCACAGCAGCCACACAAGGAGGAGCUAAAGGCGCUGCAGGAGGACCUGAAACAAGCACAUCGUCUAGCAGAGAUGUACAGGGAGCAGUGUAUCACUAUGGAGACAGAACUGUCCCAAAUCAGAGAGGAAGGGGACGUGGGGAGGGAAAUAUUUAAGGAGCGUUCAGACAAAAUGGCCAAGCGUCUCCAGCUGAUGACUCAGCGUUACGAGGCUCUGGAGAAAAGAAGGGUCAUGGAGGUGGAGGGCUUCAAGACGGACCUAAAGCACCUCAGACAGAAACUCAAAGAUGUAGAAAAACAGCUGCUCAAGGUUACCUUAAAUGUUGGGCCCAACCAGGACCUAGCCAUUCUGCAUGAAGUGCGUCAGACCAAUACCAGGACGAAGAAGGUUCAGGGGGAGCUGAUGGCACUGAAGGCUAAAAUUUAUGGUCUGGAAAACGAGCUGAGAUUCAGCUGACGCGCGAACUGAGUUGCCCUUUAUAAUAUUUUAACGUGUUAUGAGUGCCUGUUCUUCUGUGUUUAGUAUAGAAACAUGGAUUAAGUGUUCUCGUUUAUUUUGUACUUUGGACCAAUAAAAUCUUUCUUUACGUUGA